GCUAUGAUCUCCGUGCCACGGACACACCAAUAUGUGAUCGAGGCAUGCGGACUGGAUGGUACACAUUUGUGGACGUGAAUGGAAGAAAUACAUGUGGAACUGUGACCCCCAUCUGGUUGAAUGGAGAUCACCCUACUGAAAAUGGUAAGUGGAAGUACCUAGUUUGUUUUAAUCCAAUUACUUCAUUUUUGCGAUCAUGUUGUGAUGAAAAGAUGAAUAUAUUGGUCAAGAAAUGUAACGGAUUCUAUGUUUACCUCCUGAUUCCACCCACCACUUGUCCCAGCAGCUUCUGUGCAG